GGGCAGCGGCUCCCACAGCUCCAGCGGGAUGUGGUGCGGCACAGCCGCUAUACGAGGAUCCAAAAUGCAGAGGACCCAAAGGAUCGUUGGGCCUGAUCGCUACAUUCCCAGCCGGAGAGCUCUGGACAUGGAUGUGGCCAAGUUCCAGAAGGACACUGCUGUGGUGUCACCUACCGUGAAGGAGCGCCAGAGACCCUGGGCAGCGAGUCUGAAUGCCUUUGAUCUGGAAAAGAUCCUGGAAGAGGUUCUCCGCCUCAGUGGAAAGGCUCAGACCACUGCAGCAGGCUAUCAGUACAACCUCAAAGCGUUCUACGGGCACGAGGUGAUGCCUGGGUUCGGCAGGAGAAAGGGCAGAUACAUUUCUUCUGCACCAGACCGAGUCCUGAGUGCCCCAGACAUCCACGAUGACUAUUACCUGACUCUCCUUGACUGGAGCACUCAAAACCUCCUGGCGCUGGCUCUGGACACCACUGUCUACCUGUGGCACCACAUCUCUAGGGAGACUGUCAACCUCAUGGAGAUAGAGCGCGUAGCUGAUUAUGUUUCCUCUGUGUCCUGGGGUAACGGAGGAGACUGCCUUGCUGUUGGUGUGAGCAACGGUGAGGUGCAGCUGUGGGACGUCGAGCAUCAGAAAUGUCUCCGCACUCUGACCAGCCACGUGUCCCGUGUGGGGUGUCUCAGCUGGAACAGCUACAUCCUGUCCAGCGGGUCACACAGUGGCCAAAUCCACCACCACGACAUCCGAGUUGCUCAACAUCACGUGGCCACACUCGCUGGUCAUAAGCAGGAGGUGUGUGGACUGAAGUGGUCUCUGGAUGGCCGCUACCUUGCCAGUGGCGGUGAUGACCACCUGGUGAACAUCUGGCCAAGCAGCCAGGGGGGCCGUGGAGGAUUUGCUCCAGUCCAGACCUUCCGUCAGCACCAGGGUGCUGUCAAGGCUUUGGCGUGGUGUCCGUGGAAGUCCAGCAUUCUGGCCACUGGAGGUGGAGCCACUGACAAAAGCAUCCGCUUCUGGAAUGUGUGUUCUGGCACCUGCCUCGGCAAUGUUGAUGCCCAUUCCCAGGUCUCUUCCAUCCUAUGGUCAACCAACUACAAGGAGCUCAUUUCAGGCCAUGGCUCUGAGAGAAUCAGCUGUUGA